AUGGAGCCCGAAGACACCACCUCAGACCCAUCCGGCGAUGAAGCCGUGGUUUCACGAUUGACAGAGUCACACCGACACAGAGCUCAGAAUGCUAUGUUCACUGCACUGCUCGAAGAGCAUGUUGUCAAUGGGCCGAGAAAUGACCCCAAUGGGGCACAUAUCGAACUAUCUGAUGCGGAACUUUCAACUGCUCGUUUGCUCGCAAAUACAGAGCCCGGAGGUGGGGUCCUGGACCCUCGCGAAUACCAAAUCGAGCUCUUUGAAAGAGCACGGGCUAGCAACACAAUUGCGGUUCUCGAUACAGGGUCCGGGAAGACUUUAGUGGCUGUGCUUUUGCUCAAGCACAUUCUCCAAAUCGAACUCAACAAACGUGCAAAUGGCACAAAACCUCGCGUUGCCUUUUUCCUGGUGGACAGUGUAACUUUGGUCUUUCAACAGUCUGCGGUCUUGAGAAACAAUCUCGAUCAAAGAGUCGCUCAUUUUUUCGGCAAUCUAGGACCUGAUCUUUGGGACAAACAGACGUGGAACAAGCACCUUGAAAAGUACAUGGUGAUUGUAUGCACGGCAGAAAUCCUGAACCAGUCUCUACUGAAUGGCCAUAUAAGGAUUGACCAGAUCAAUCUUCUGAUCUUCGAUGAAGCCCACCAUGCCAAAAAGGAGCACCCAUAUGCUCGUAUCAUCCGAGACUCUUAUUUGAAAGCGGAUCCUGAAAAGCGCCCAAGGAUCUUCGGGAUGACUGCUUCCCCGGUUGAUGCCAAGUGUGACAUAGCGGAAGCAGCAAUCCAACUCGAGACUCUUUUAGACAGUCGCAUUGCAACAACAUCGGAUCUUGCCCUCCUGCGAAAUUUCGUGAACAAGCCAAUGGAGGAGGAAUGGGUCUACGACAAGCUUCCUCCGCCGUUUGAGACCAAUCUGCAUGGUACUUUGAAACCCAAGUAUGGGGAUAUGCCAAUCCUUGAAGGCGCAUUUCGAUUUGCAUCGGUUGCAAGCUCAGAAUUGGGGACUUGGUGCGCAGACCAGGUAUGGACUCUGGCCCUGGCAGACGAAGUGUUGCCCAAGCUGGAGGGUAGUAUCGGCAAAGCCACCGAUUCUGAUACCCAUGAUUCUGAAAAGGCCUCAGAGGAGAUCAAGCGGAUCCAAGAAGCCAACCAGCUCGUCAAGGAAUACAUUGCAGACCAGGCAUUUACGCCGAGUGAUCUCAGCUCCAAAGUCGAGCUUUUGAUGAGAAAGCUGCAAGAACAGUUUGCUAAGUCGCCAAAUACCAAAUGCAUUGUGUUCACACAACGGCGCAAUACAGCUAAAGUAUUGUUACAGCUAUGCGAAAAGCUGGAAAUUCCAAAUCUCCGUCCUGAUAUUUUGGUCGGUGUUCGCAAAGGAGAUGUCAUAGGAAUGAAUUCCACAUUUCAUCGGCAGUUUCUUGUUUUGGUUAAGUUCCGAAAAAGUGAAGUCAACUGCUUGUUUGCAACCUCGGUCGCAGAAGAAGGCCUUGACAUCCCAGACUGUAACCUGGUGGUUAGAUUCGAUCUGUAUGACACGGUUAUUCAAUAUGUCCAAAGUCGAGGCCGUGCCAGACGCGCCGACUCAGUGUACGCAACCAUGGUUGAAAGUGGUAAUCGCAACCACAGCAUGAGACUACAGGACGUUCGAAGAGCAGAGCAUCUCAUGAAGAAUUUCUGCAACAUGUUGCCGGAUGAUCGAAAAUUGUACGGAGACGGUCACGAUAUGGGAGUGCUUAUCCACGAGGAAGACCGGAAGAGAACAUACACCAUCACCAGCACAGGUGCCAUGUUGACCUAUCGCCAUGCGAUUGGUGUACUGGCUCGCUUUGCCAGCUCAUUGCAAUAUGAAAAUGAGAUCUCGGCCUCAGUCACAUACAUUGUCAUGUCAGAAAACGAAUCAUUCAGCUGUGAGAUAAUUAUGCCAGAGAAAUCGCCUGUGCGAAGAGUGCUUGGAUGUCCCGAAUCAAGAAAAUCACUCGCUAAGCAGUCCGCUGCUUUUGAUGCAUGUAUGCUGCUUCGCAAAAAGAAUUUGUUGGAUGAGCACUUCAAUUCUGUCUACCACAAGCGCCUGCCAGCGAUGCGCAAUGCCAAAUUGGCCAUUACUUCAAAAAGGACUGACCAGUACAGAAUGCGUAGUAAACCCUCAAUCUGGGCUAGGCAGCAGGGAAUCACUCCAACACGGCUCUACGCGAUAGUUAUUCGCCUCAUUCCAUCAGAGCCUCUGGCUAGAGCUCACGGAAGCAUCGUGUUACUGACACGAGAGCGGAUCACAGCAAUACCGACUUUUCCGGUCUUCUUGGAUGAUGAUAUCGAGACUACGGUCCAGUCUCUGUGCAUCGACGGGUGCCUUGAGAUUGCUUCCGAAGAGCUCGAAAUUGUGAGCACAUUUACACUUGCUGUUUUUCACGACGUGUUUCACAAGACCUACAAGCCUGUCUCGGAACAGUUUCCGUACUGGCUUGCGCCUGCUCGAGAAGAUGUCGACAUUGGAACGUCAACAAAUCUCUUUGACAUAAUUGACUGGGCAGCUUUGCAAUAUGUCCAAGAUAACCCCAAGCUUAUGUGGUCUACUGACAUGGAGCCGGAAUCGUUGCUUACUCGAUUCAUCUACGACGACUGGAAUGGAAAGUAUCGAUACUUCCCGCUUGCUAUAGACCCCAAUCUACGUCCUUCAGACCCACCCCCAUCCUACGCACCAUCUCGAAAAUGGUGCGACGAUAUCAUGAAUUGGUCCUUGAGUUUGAGCAAAAAUUCACGCCCAAAAUUCUUUAACCGAUGUAUCUGGACUCAACCGGUCGUACAGGCAGAGUUGAUCUGCCUUCGGCGGAACUUCCUUGACAAAGCAGCCGAGGAAGAGAAAGCAUCCAACUCGAGAUGCGUCAUUUGCCCCCAACCGUUGGUUAUAUCGGCGAUUUCCAUGCCUGUGGCCGCGACGUGUUUUGUCUUCCCAGCAAUUAUCACUCGAAUGGAGUCCUACCUGAUCGCCCAGGAGGGAUGCAAAAUGUUAGGCCUUGGUGAUAUUAAGCUCGAAUAUGCCCUGGAGGCCUUCACCAAGGAUUCGGACAACACCGAAGAGCAUCGGAGCCUACAGAUUCACGUUCAGCGAGGAAUGGGGAAAAAUUACGAGCGCCUUGAACUAUUAGGUGACUCUGUGCUCAAGAUGGCAACAUCCAUUUCGCUCUUUGUUCAAAAUCCCGACGAUGAUGAAUACGACUAUCACGUCAACAGAAUGUGUCUCAUCUGCAACAAAAACCUGUUCAAAACCGCAACUGAACUGAAGCUAUAUGAGUACAUACGUAGUCGUGGGUUCUCUCGGCAUAUGUGGUAUCCCCCAGGCCUUUCGCUCGAGUAUGGUCGAGACCACGCCAAAUUCUUUGCUAGUGAAGGAAAGCACUCCUUAGCAGAGAAAACAAUAGCAGAUGUCUGUGAGGCCUUGAUAGGAGCAUCGUUGCUCUCGGGAGGUGAUGAUAAUCGUUAUGACCUGGCCAUCAAAGCUGUGACCGUCUUCGUCAACAGUCAGAACCACACGGCAACCUCAUGGAAAGACUACAUCUCCGCAUAUUCCAUUCCUUCGUACCAGAAUAGGGCGGCCGAUGGAUUCGAAAAGAACUUGGCCCAGCAGAUCUUCGAGAAAGUAGGCUACGAGUUCAAGCACCCCCGUCUUCUGCGGUCGGCGUUCACGCAUCCAUCUUAUCCAUUGGCAUGGGCCAAGGUGCCUUGCUACCAGCGGCUUGAGUUCUUGGGUGAUGCACUAUUGGAUAUGGUGUGCGUGGAGCACUUGUUUCAUCGGUUCCUUGACCGAGAUCCGCAGUGGUUGACUGAACACAAGAUGGCUUUGGUAUCCAACAAAUUCCUCGGUGCUUUGGCUGUAAAACUAGGGCUUCAUCUUCAUCUUCAGCAUUUCAGCAAUCCUCUCUUGAUCCAAAACAGCAAAUACGCGGAGGAACUUCAGCUCGCAGAGAGUGAAAGCAAUGGAGAGGUAGACUAUUGGCUUUCGACGUCAGAUCCUCCAAAGUGUCUUCCCGACAUGCUUGAGGCCUAUCUCGGUGCCAUAUUUGUUGAUUCUGGCUUCGACUUCGCAGUGAUUGAGGCCUUCUUCAAGAGGCAUAUCCUGCCGUUCUUCCACGACAUGUCAAUUUACGACACAUUUGCAAACCGGCAUCCAACGACAUUCCUUCAUAGCCAAAUGACUCACAGCUACCAAUGUGUUGAUUACUGCUUGAAAUCUGCAGAGGUUCCUGCCGUGGAGGGAGAAACUCCCAGGGUCUUUGCUGCGGUUAUGGUGCACGGCCAAUCCAUUGCCAGCGCAGUUGCAUCUUCUAGUCGGUAUGCUAAAGUGAGGGCUAGUACCCAGGCAUUGACUGUUAUUGAUGGAAUGUCACUUUCUGAGUUUCGGGAGAAAUAUCAUUGUACUUGUCAAGGUGGACAGGUCAUCGUGGACCGCGCAAAUAUCGGAACCGCAGUUUGA